UCGUUCGCGGUUUCUCGCGCACGCGCCUUGCCAUGUACGCAUGCGCCGCCAUUGCCUUGCCUAGUCCCGCGCAGACUAGGCCUCGUUUGUCCGCUCUGCACGCCCUGUGUUCUCGCGCGCCCAGCAUCCGCCGCCUUCCUCUCACGCGUGUGCGCCAGCCUCCCCUAUGCCCGCUCGAAUUAGGACGUCCUCGCUCAGGUUGCACUCGCGUGCUAGUACGCGCGCCCCCUGCCUUCCAAUCUCCUCGCGCGCGUGCUGUCACGUGCCCGACUCUCCUAUGCGGUCGAGGACUCCGCUCGCGUGCCACUCACCUGCGCGCCAUCCGCGCCCCGCGUCUUUGCUGCCUAUCGCCAGCGCCUCCCGGCCACCCUCGUGCAUGCUGCGUUCGUCCAGCGCCCCUGUGCGCCCGUGUAUGCCCAAUGCCCGCGCAUCACCACCCGAUGCGCGUCUUUUGCCUAUUCACCAGUCGGUCAUGCCCGACCAUCCUUCACAUCCUUCGGCUCCGAGGACCGCUUCCGUAUCACGCGCGCGGACAGCGCACAACACGCGCCCAGCCAGCGCCAGCCACCUCCCAAAGCCAUUUUCUUGAGUUUCGACCCAUCUUUCUCCAAGUCCACAUUCAUGCAUGUAUUAAUAAGUGGAUUAGGAGUUAUUUAAGCCAAG